AUGAACGUAUCGCAACCAUACCCAGUCCCUGCUGGGGUCCAAAUAAUUCCAGAACAAUUCAUAGACAUGCGACUAGAUGCGGAAAUUGAUAACGACAUUCUUCACCCCAGGCCUAUCACCGAUGAGAAAAAUAUAUUCUUUUUUUGGCACUCCGGAUUCACAAACAUGCAUCCUUAUUCACAGCGUAACAUACGAGCUUGGCAUCGCCGCUUUUCUAAACAUGGAUGGAAAAUCCGCGUUCUAGAUUGUCAAGGAGGAUCGCCUCUCCAUAUUGCUAAUUAUCUUGACGUAUCCGACCCAGCUACGUUUCCGCUUGCCUUUCGAAAAGGCAGAAUGGGUGGUCGCUAUGCUGCCCAGCAUACAUCAGACCUCGUGCGGUUCCCGCUGUUACUGAAGUACGGAGGUGUGUAUGCUGACGCCGGGUUCAUGCAAAUUGGCGACUUGGACCGUCUCUGGAGUCGGACCUUGGGCAACCCAGACUCUCCAUAUGAGGUACUUUCGUAUAAUAUCGGGGGUACAGCAGGGCGCAGUUUGACGAACUAUUUUCUAGCGUCUAAUAAAAACAAUGCUUUAUUUAGGCGUUGCCACUUGUUGUUAUUAGAACUGUGGGCUGCAGAUGGCGGCAAAGAUAGUACGGAGGGAAUGCAUAAGAGUCCCUUGCUGAAAGGGCUGGAUUUGAUGGAUCAUGGGCAAACGGUUAAGGAUGGGGACCGAGUGCUUAGCGCGGAAGAGUGGACUGGAAUGUUAACCGAUUAUAUUAUCCAAGCCCAGGUUAUUACUAUGGUAAUGGGGCUUGUGGAUGAGAAGGACAACUGGAACGGCCCGAAGUACGUGGUUGAGCAUAUAUAUGCCAUUGAAUUUAUGGAGGGAUCACAGCUCAUCAACGAGUUCACUGCUUGGGAUGGUCAAAAGGCGUUUGAUUUAAUGUCGCUCUCACUGCCGAAAGUAGGAGAAGAAGAGACUGCCAAACAAAAAGAAGCACGCGAGGUGGUCGAAGGAUGCCUGCAAAGAAGCUUUGGGUUUAAGCUCGCGCAUGGAAUCAUUCUGAAGGCAUUCGAAUGUACACUCGGCUCGAAAUGGAGGGAUAAUCCUGGUUCCGAUAAUGUGCCAGGAACCUACGCACAUUGGUUGAGGCAUGCGACCAUGUAUUGGAAUCCAGAUAAUAUCCCACCGCCCUUGAAUUUUGAGAUCAUUGCGCCGUUCAAAACGGGUCCAUUGUUGAGAGCUGAGUAG